CUAACCUCGAACUCUCAACGGUUUUAGUGACUUAAAUAAAUCCUUUUUUAAGGAAGAGAGAAGGGUUGUUGGCAUUUGCUUUUGUUGAUUUUGCAGCUGAAGAAAAUGGAUAGUAAGGAGGAAGUUAUUUCUGUUGAGCUUCCAGCCCCUGCUUCCUGGAAGAAGAUGUUCUUUCCCAAGAAAGUUGGUUCACCAAGGAAGACCGAGAUCAUGUUCAUUGCACCAACUGGGGAGGAGAUUAAUAACAGAAAACAUUUGGAGCAGUAUCUAAAAUUACACCCUGGGAAUCCUCCGAUAGCGGAGUUUGAUUGGGGUACCGGUGAGACCCCCAGAAGAUCAACAAGGAUCAGUGAAAAGGCAAAGGCAACUCCAACACCAGAGAAGGAACCCUCGAAGAAGCGUGGCCGAAAAUCAUCAAGUGCAAAGAAGGAACACGAGGAAACAGUGGCUGUUCCUGAAAAUUCCGAGGGUGAGAAAGAAAGUGGAAAGGAAGGUGCACAAAUCACUGAGAAGGAAACCACGGAAAGUGAAAAAGGAAAAGGUACAUACACUGAAAAUCAGGUUGACAAUGGAGGUAAAACAGAAGUGACUGAUCACGGUGAUGUCAACAUGGAUGAAGUUGAUAAAGAUGUUCAAAUACCAGAAACUGCAGAGGGUGACAGAAAAGAAGAGGCUGCUGGUGCCGAAGAAAUCCCAACUCCAAUUGCAGUUCAAGAGAAAUCUGCAGAAGCUAGCACUGAUGGAACUCAAACUGAAAAAGAAAAGGGGGAAGCCCCUAUUGAAAAGGCACCACAAACUGAGACAGAGGGAGAGAAUGAUUCGCUACUAAAACAAUCAGAAAAGCCAGAAACUGAUGCUAAUGGAGCAAUCCCUGUAACUGAGGGAGAGCCCGAGGAGAAGCAAGUUGCAGAGGAGGUUGCUGGCAAUUGUAAUGUUGAGUUAGAGGAGAAAGGGGAGGCAGUAGUUGCCGAGUUGAUUGAUAAUGGUAAUGUUAAACCAAAUGAGCAAACUGAUGCUCAACAAGCUCCGGCGCCUGCUCCUGUAAGCUGUUAAAUGUACCAUCUAAUAUCCUACCUAGCCUGUUUGUACUCUACUUUUUAUCUAUUCGCCUGUGUAACCUCUACGAUUCCGUGGA